AUGCUUACUACAGAUCUGUCAGACGCGGAUGUUUCUGCUUUACGAGCCAACAGGGAGAGACUACAAGAAUAUAUCCACCACAGCUGCCAAUGGGGAGCCGGAGUAAGAUGGGGAGAAAACCCAACCGACACUGGGAUGGCUCGAUUAGCCCUAUCCCAGGAGGACAAACAGGUCCGGGACUGGUUCAAGCAAACCACAGAAGGCCUUGGCUGCACAGUUACCGUCGAUGCAAUGGGAAACAUGUUUGCAGUUCGUCCAGGUCGCAGAAAAGAUGUUCCACCCACAUUUGUGGGGAGCCAUCUUGAUACCCAGCCAACUGGGGGCAGAUAUGACGGAAUAUUGGGCGUAUGCGCUGGCAUUGAGAUGCUAAAGACACUUGAAGAGAAAGGCAUUGAAACUGAAGGUGGUGUAGGGGUUGUAAACUGGACCAACGAGGAGGGAGCUCGUUUUCCAAAGAGUAUGGUAUCCUCAGGGGUCUGGGCGGAGUGCAUCCCACUCGCAACAGCGCAUAGCCUUCUCGAAGUCCCGACCGUGGCCUCUCUUCCAUCAGCGACGUCCUCCCCGGAGUCCAUGAAAUCGGCACUAGAGAAAAUCAAUUAUCUGGGUGAUAUUCCUUGCUCGUUCAACGCCACGCCCAUGGCUGCCCAUUUCGAGCUUCAUAUUGAGCAGGGACCGCAUUUGAUUACAUCCAGUCAACGUGUUGGCGUAGUGACAGCAGUCCAGGCUUAUCGUUGGUAUCGUAUCAAUGUAACGGGCCGUGACUGCCACACUGGAACUACCUCCUUCGAACAUCGUGCAGACGCGCUGUAUGCUUCUGCCAAAAUGAUGGUACGAGCGCGAGAGGUGGCUCAAAAGCUCGGCUGCCUUGCAAGCGUUGGUAUUGUCGAAAUUAAGCCUGGGAGCGUUAAUACCGUUCCCGGAUACGUCAGCUUUAGUCUUGACAUUCGUGGACCAGAGUCUGAGAAUGUAGAUAUACUGGAUAAAGAGUUACGGGAAGAAUUCGACGCGAUUGCUGCGGAGGAGGGUAAAAACAUUGGAAAACCAUGCCGUGUGGAAUGGCAAUUGGACUUUGAUAGCCCUGCGAUCAGAUUCCACCCCGAUUGUAUCGACUGUGUAACGCAAUCCACGAAGGCUAUUGUAGCUGGCUCUGCACAUCCAGAAUCCUUAUAUCGCUCAAUUCGCAGCGGUGCUGGGCACGACAGUGUCUUUACUUCAAAGAGAGUGCCAACAAGCAUGGUUUUUGUGCCAUGCAAGGACGGAGUAAGUCAUCAUCCGGAGGAAUUUUCUUCUGCCGACGCAUGCGUGGAUGGCGCCUCUGUCAUUCUUCAAGCUGUUAUAAGGUAUGACCGGAGGCGGUUUGGUAAAUAA